GGCUGAAGUUGAUGAUACAGAUGAUAUUUUCGAAAAUGUUCAAUACAUCCUCCUUAAAUUGGGUAACUACUUUCAAGCCCAGGAUGACUAUUUAGAUUGUUUUGGUGACAGUAAAAUUACUGGAAAAGUUGGGACUGAUAUAGCAGAAGGCAAAUGUACAUGGCUAAUUGUUGAAGCGUUAAAAUACCUUUCACCUGAACAAUAUAAAAUACUUAAAACAAAUUAUGGUAAACCCGAUCUUAAGUCGCAACAGACUGUUCGCAAUCUCUAUGGUGCGAUCAAAUUACCAGAGAAGUAUUACUUGUACGAAGAACAAACUAAAUCAGAGAUUAUGAAUAACAUUCAGAAGUUUAUGUACCGUGAUCACUUUUCUUUUGAUCCUAGGGAUUUGUUUACUUUUCUUGUCGAAUUACUUUUUCAACGUGUUUGUUAAAGUGCCAUGAAAAUAUUUCAUAUUUUUCCCAUACUGUUUCGUCAAUUUUCUUUAAUUACGUCUUUUCUAUCUCAGUUCUCUUCCUCCAUUUCUUCUUAGUUCUACAAUUCAGUCUUUACUUUUAUCGUUAUGACAAUUUUAUUUAAAGAAUUCCCCUUCUUACAUAAUUAUGGUGCAUUUAAGUCUUCGUCAACAUAAUUUUGUCUAAAAUAUUUGUUUGUUUUCUUAAAAUACUGACUUUAACAGCUUAGUAUUAUAUAUAAUUAUAUUUCCGAAUUUAUUUAUGUAUUUGAACACGUAAAUAUUGCUACAAAAGGAUACCGAAUACAUAUGCGCC